GUGGCGCCGUGGUUGACGAAACGCACCAACAUACAGCAGCGCAGAAGAAGACGAGGAAGCGCUCUUAUUUACUUUUGUUGUCAUCUCAGAACGCAUUUAUUUAUUUAUUUUGUUUCAAACAUUAAAUAUUAGACUUCAAUCGCGAGAGAAUCUGUUGCAAGGCCUAGGGAGAGGUUUGUGUUCUUCUGUUACCGAGGGCAGGGAAUAGCGGAUAAUAAUAAUACAUGGCAGAGGGCAGCAGCAGUCUGAGCAGCGCUCCUCCAGGAGACCCCCAGCUCAUCUCGCUCAUAGUGAGGCACCUGAAGAACAGAGGCCUGUUUGAUGAGUUCAGAAGAGACUGUCUGGCGGACGUGGACACCAAGCCGGCUUAUCAAAAUCUGCGACAGAAGGUGGACAACUUUGUGUCCAAUCAUCUCAGUACUCAAGAAUGGAAUCCAUCCAUCAACAAGAACCAAGUGAGGAAUGGCUUGAGACAAAGCGUAGUUCAGUCAGGGAUGUUGGAAUCAGGGGUGGACCGUAUCAUUACUCAGGUGGUGGACCCUAAAUUAAACCAUAUCUUCAGGCCACACAUCGAGGACGCCAUUCAUGAAUUCCUAGCCGCAGAGAAGAAAGAAGAGGGCACACUGAAUUUAGCCCCUGACGUUGAACAACAGGAAAUGACUAGCAACUCCGGAGCCAAAACGCAAUGAGGUACAAGGAUACACUUUUUGCUGUCACAUGAAGAUCACCUGAUGUCCUUCCAUGCCUGGCUACAGUGAAUGAACAGUUGCUGAGCACUGGAAUAUUGGAAGUUUGCACUAAUUAAUGGUGGUUGGAUUAUUAUUAAUUUUUUUUUUUUUAGCAUGCUAGAUGAAAGCAGGUCGUCCAGCCCAUGCUUUUGAUGUCUGGUGUAGUUCUUUCAGCACUAAAUAGCAACUAAAUUUGAUUUGUCCAAAUAAAUCCAUCUCAAAAUAACACCUGAUAUGAAAUACUUAAUUUUUAUUUGGCUGAAGCCUGACGGAAAUGAUCCUUUUUAUACAGCUGGAUUUGUGAAAUGCUUCUCAUUUAUUUCUUUCGCUAUUCUAUUCUAAUGGGACUCAUAGCAGCGUUUUUACAAUAAAUGUAACUUUUUAAGAAAAGCCA